UCGUCGUGUUGUGCUGUCAUCCAAUAAGAAGAAGAAAGGCGAAGUAUUUGGUUCGAGUGUGGAAAAAUUCCUUCAGUUUUAGCAUUGUUUCCUGGUCAGAUUACCAUUACCGGCUCAGAGGACCCCUCUACCGUCGUUCGACAAUUAUGUGAAAAUUGAGAGGGUUGAACGCGCAAUCGAAGCUGUCUCGUGACUCGUUCAACGAUGGAUGACAAUUUAUGGCUAAUCGAAUUGGAAUCGGCGCUCCUCGAUGACUGCAAUGUAAACGAUAUCAACGCAAUUUGUCAUGGCCGAACAAUACCCGAAUCCUUGCGUCCAGAUGUGUGGCAAGUAUGCCUGGACGUACGACACAAGAGCGAUCAAAUGUCAUUAUUCAAUGAAAUCUACGAUUUACCAUUUCAAACACAAUUGCGUGAAGACUGCAACAAAAUCGUGGAACGAUUAGGAAAUGAUGAGGAAGAUAAAGUGUCCGUGACCUCAGACGUGGAAUCAAUAUUGACGUUUUACUGCAAGAAUCGAAACUUCCAAUAUCAUGUGAACAAUGGUUGGAUUGAGCUGCUCAUGCCGCUGCUAUCAUUAAAGUUGAAACGUUCAGAUACAUAUAAUUUGUUCGAGGCGAUAAGAGACAAUUAUAUACCGAAAGGCUGCGUUCCAAAAGGCAAUGUUUUUCAUGUUUUUCGUCUGCUGAUUUUAUACCACGAUCCGGAAUUGUGCUCUAUGUUGGAUACGAAAAAAAUAUCACCGGAUUUAUAUUCGAUGCAAUGGUUUCGGUCACUUUUUGCUGCAACCUGCGGACUGUCAGUCGUUUUAUCGAUGUGGGAUUUGUAUUUCCAAUACAGUGAUCCGUUUUUAGUUUUCUUUCUGAGCUUAAUAAUUAUAAUAAAUGGAAGAGAUCAGAUUUUAGCGAUGAAGGACGAGAGUAAGGAGAACAUCGUGAAGUUUUUGUCGAACAUGCCCUGCGCGCUGGAGACCGAUGAUGUCAGUGACUUUUGCUCCUUAGCUCAAUACUAUGCUCUAAAGACGCCUUCGUCAUUCAAAACCGAUUUUCUGAAAGCCUUAUUUGGAUCUACAAGUGAACCUGAAACCGACAAUAUUGUUUCGCAAGCCUUAUGUCUACCUGUAUCUGUGUAUGAACUUGUAGAAAAUUCAGCGAUUGAACUGUCUGCGCCUGAUGGAGUAAGAUUUUUCCUAGUAGAUUGCCGCCCAGCGGAACAGUAUAACGCCGGCCACUUAUCAACAGCCUUCCACUUGGACUGCAAUCUUAUGCUGCAAGAGCCUGUAGCGUUCGCUACUGCAGUCCAGGGCCUAUUGCGAGCACAGCGACAGUCUAUAGAGGCCAAUUCGAAUGCUGGUGGCGAGCAUUUAUGUUUCAUGGGUAGCGGACGGUUGGAAGAAGAUCAGUAUACGCAUAUGGUAGUUGCCUCAUUUCUGCAGAAGAACACACAGUAUGUAUCCCUGUUGACGGGAGGAUAUAAUGCUAUUCACGACUAUUUCGGUGAGCACAUGGCUGAUUGUCUGGAGGACCAUGAUUCUAAAAAAUGCAUUGUUUGUUCGAAAAACAACUCAACCAGACAACUAGUCAAUAACAACAACAACUACAAAACCUCGUCCCUUGGUCGAAGUAGUAAAAACAGUCCAGUUGCACCGACAUCAGCCAAUCAACGUCCAACAUCUGAUCUGUUCAGCAAAAUCUCGACAGCCAUGAAAAUCAAAUCGGCAGAAGUGAAGGGAAAACUUUUCGACAUUAUCGUCAACCCAUCAAUGGCCAAUGCUGGACCGAACACAAUUGUAGAAAAACACGUCUCAAGUAGUGAAAAGAAUGGGAAACGUUACCGAGAUGUUGCCCCCGUUUUCAGCAUUGACGACGAAAACGACGAUCAAUCCCCUACGGGUCCUGAUGGACUUGGCGACCCGCACUUUUUGGCAUCCAAAUCACACACCGCUGACACCAAGGAGAUAGUGGUACUUAGUCAAUAUCUAAAAUCAUCCGAUGUAGUGAAUUCAUUCAAGUGUCAAGAAGUUCAUAUGAAUGGCAGCAUGUUCGAUAGCCACCUAAUUGUAACGCAGACACACCUCAUAGUCUUACGGGAGCUACCGAAAAAGGAUACAGCGCAGGUUAUAGUACGUCGACCUCUCUCGAGUAUCGUGAAAAUUACUGCCAAGAAAAGACAUCGAGACCUAAUCACCUUCAAGUACGGAGUUCCGAACGGCGAUGGACUUAUUAUUACUGACAUGGAUAGGUUUCUGAUACCGAAUGCCAGUGAAGCGACCGCCAUUGUAUCUAAGCAUAUAGUUCAACAAUUGGAUAGUAAUUCUAAGCAGACAUAAUGCGUUAUGUUCGGGGAGAUACAGAGAAAGCAGAGAUGUGCCAGGCUUCCUGUGGAAAUUAGAUGUCUGCAACGUUUAGUGACACGAAUUUGUAGUGAGUCAAAUUCAAUGAGCUUUACUUUUUUAUUUUCGUCCAUUCAAUAAAAAUCAGUAUAAAACAAA